AUCCUUGGCUACGCUUAGCAUUUGUUUCUUUUCUCUGAUCUAGCUUCUUGGCGGUGGAGGAAAUGGCGGAUUCCUCCGUGUUGGGAUGGAUUUUAUGCUUGGUGAUCUCGCUGGUCACGCUAUGCGGUGUCAUAUCGGAAAGAAGGAAACGGAGGGGGAUCUCCGUGACGAGGUCUGAUUCCGUGAACGGUGUCGUAACCAGUAACGGAGAAUGCGGAUCCACUGACGGCAGCCACGCUGAUGUCAUCAUCGUUGGAGCUGGCGUUGCCGGUUCCGCCCUGGCUCACACUCUCGGCAAGGAUGGACGUCGAGUUCACGUGAUUGAAAGGGUCUUGAGUGAGCCUGACCGAAUAGUUGGGGAAUUGCUACAACCAGGAGGCUAUCUCAAGUUAUUGGAGUUGGGACUUGACGAUUGUGUGGAGGAAAUUGAUGCUCAGCAGAUAUUUGGUUAUGCUCUUUUCAAGGAUGGGAAACAUACCCGACUUUCUUACCCAUUAGAAAAGUUCCACUCAGAUGUUUCAGGUAGGAGCUUUCACAAUGGACGUUUCAUUCAGAGGAUGCGGGAGAAAUCAGCUUCCCUUCCAAAUGUACAUUUAGAGCAAGGGACAGUUACUUCUCUACUUGAAGAGAAAGGGAUAAUCAGAGGAGUGCAGUACAAAACUAAAGAUGGUAGCAUAUUGACUGCAUUUGCACCUUUAACCAUUGUAUGUGAUGGCUGUUUUUCGAACUUGCGUCGCUCCCUUUGCAACCCUAAGGUAGAUGUACCUUCUUAUUUUGUGGGAUUGGUCCUUGAGAACUGUCACCUUCCAUACUCAAAUCAUGGGCAUGUUAUACUAGCAGAUCCUUCCCCCAUUUUGUUCUAUCCAAUCAGCAGCACAGAGGUUCGCUGUCUGGUUGAUGUACCUGGUCGGAGGGUUCCUUCUAUUGCAAAUGGUGAGAUGGCAAACUAUCUUAAAACUGUCGUGGCUCCUCAGGUUCCCCCAGAAAUCUGUGAUCCAUUUGUAGCAGCUGUCAAUAAGGGAAAUAUUAGGACAAUGCCAAACAGGAGCAUGCCCGCUGCUCCUCAUCCCACACCUGGAGCCCUAUUGAUGGGAGACGCAUUCAACAUGCGGCAUCCAUUAACCGGUGGAGGAAUGACUGUUGCUUUAUCCGAUAUUGUUGUCCUCCGUAAUCUACUAAGGCCUCUACGUGACCUCAAUGAUGCACCUACCCUUUGCAAAUAUCUUGAAUCCUUUUACACCUUGCGGAAGCCUGUGGCAUCGACAAUCAAUACCUUAGCAGGCGCCUUGUACAAGGUAUUCUCUGCUUCCCCUGAUCAAGCAAGCAACGAAAUGCGACAAGCUUGCUUCGAUUAUCUAAGCCUCGGUGGUGUAUUCUCAACUGGACCUAUCGCCUUGCUGUCUGGUUUAAACCCACGCCCCUUGAGUUUGGUUCUACAUUUUUUUGCAGUGGCAAUAUACGGCGUUGGUCGUUUACUAUUGCCGUUCCCUUCACCUAAGAGAAUCUGGAUUGGAGCUAGAUUGAUCUCAGGAGCAUCAGGAAUCAUCUUCCCCAUUAUCAAAGCGGAAGGAGUUAGGCAAAUGUUUUUCCCGGCGACAAUUCCUGCAUAUUAUAGAGCUCCUUAUGUUGUUAAGUGAGGCAACAAUUUAGCAAUGACCGAGAUAAACUAGUUUGCAACUUUCUUGGAACUUGGUGCUGCUUAUUGAAUAGAUCAUCCGCUAAAUGGAGUUGAAGUUUGGGCAAACAGCUGAUCCAUAAAUGAAAUUACCAUUUUAAUCCAUACAUUGAAGUGGGAAUGAUUUCAAUUUGUUUAAUGUAAGCACAAGAGAGACACUGCUUUUAAAGGGUGGUAUAGAUUCCUUGUCCAAAA